ACAUCACAUGUCACUCACGAUUGACAACAAGCAGUGAACACAACUUCUUAGCCAUUAUCUGCUCAUACCAUGGAUGAGGAAUCAGUCAAACUGUCCAAACUCUUUGACAAAGGGUUCAAUUUACAUCUUGAGUUAAAAGACUCCACUCUUUCCACUAAUGACAGACCAUUUCAGACUAAGGUUUCGGAAGCGAUUCGAGCGCUGGAAGAGUCGACAGGUUUGGUGAACGAGUUGUCACUCUUCAGCUCCAAUGAGUCGGUCGAAGAGAUUGCCACCAAAAACGUGAAAUACCUGUUACUGCCGGCGCUGUUGGCCGACCUGACACUCAUGUCUCAAACCACCCAACGAUCAGAAGUACUGAAAACCGCGGAAAUCUAUUUCAAUGAUUUUAUUCAACGAUUAAAUGAUUACCAAAUCUGUGACAUCGAUAUCAAACGCACCGACAGCUCGUCUGAAGACAAACAAGUGGUGUCUUCUUCGAGGGAACCAUCACUUGAUUCGGCAGUUUUCAACAGAAACGACAAAAUUAGGAGAUAUAAAGAGGGGAAACAGAUGGACAACAGAUUAAUUGAAUUGAGACAACGAAUGGCACAAACAGAUGAAGACAUAGACGACGAAGUUCUUCGAGACUAUUACUUAACACUUCUUAAACGUUGGAUCAGUCUCUCGUUGGAGGAGUUGAGUGCUAUUGAGACUGAAAAACCUAUUUUAGAGCACAUGAAGCUCAUGAAGGCCUCCAACAAAGACGGCAGACCUCGUGGCAAACCGACCGCAUCUCCUAAACUCAAACCAAUUAUUAUCACCAGAAAUGAGAUGCAGAAGAAGGUGUAUGGUUUGGGUUAUCCCAGUCUCCCGACUGUUAGUAUCGAUGACUUUAUCACUCAGAAGGUAGACGAGGGAAGUCUUGCUAUCACUAAAUCUAAUCCAAUAUAUGAUAACUAUCUUAUGGAUUGGGCUGAGAAUCCCGAUAAGAAACGUAUGGAAGACGAGACGGAAGAGGAGAGAAAGGAGAUUCUGGUCGAGAGAGACAAUCCACAGGCGUUGAGAAGAGCCCGUGAAAUGGAUGACUGGAAAGACGUUGACUUUCCCGUUGAGGAAACCGAGAGCUGUAUUACACCCGACGGUAAGACUGGUAUUUGUGAGCCGUUAGUCCGAUGCGACCAACUGUUGUCUUCGAGGAAUUUAAAAGUGUUGCGACAAUCCAUCUGUGGAUACGAUAACGAAGUGCCAAAUGUUUGCUGUCCUAUCGCCAAGAAAGUUACCCAGAGUAUUGCCAAACCCAGACCUACCAGACCCCCAACCAAACGACCAAAAGCUCCGAAAACUAGACCAACUUUAAGGGCAACCACUUCCAUGCCUAGGGAUGUAAUCAAUGAUCAGCCGAGUGGUCCUAAUUCAGGACUGAGACCACGAAAAUUACCAGAAUUGUCCCAUCCCGGUGCCUGGCCAUGGAUGGCGGCAGUUUUCAUAGAGGAUUCCGAUAACCAAGGCUCUUUUAUCGCUCAAUGCGGAGGUGCAUUGAUCUCGGAGCAAGAAAUCAUAACUGCAUCCCAUUGUGUGGUAGAAGGGGGUCAGGUGUUGACGCCCUCGAAGAUCAGAAUACGGUUAGGAGAACACAAUAUCAUGAAGAGGACCAAAGACGACGCGGAAGUCGAUUACAAUGUGAUCAAAGUGACGGCUCAUCCAGACUUUGAACCGCAAACUUAUAAAAAUGAUGUCGCGAUCAUUAAACUCUCGCAACGAGUACGUUUCAAUCGACGUGUUUGGCCGAUAUGUCUGCCAUACGACACACGAGUGUUGACUUCUGAAGAGAAUGUCGGCAGAAGUGGUUUCAUCAUCGGUUGGGGAAGACUUGAGUUCAAUGGGAAGACGAGCGAAGAGUUAAGGGAAGCCUCCAUUGAGAUCGUGUCCAACAAUGAGUGUGGAAAGGCUUUUGACAAAGUGGUCAAAAUUACUGAUGAGUACCUGUGCGCUGGAACUACUGGAUCGACAAAAGAUAGUUGUCAGGGAGACUCUGGCGGACCUCUCAUUCAAGUAGAUCCGGAAAAUAAGAAAUACUAUUUAACAGGAAUUGUCUCAUUUGGAAAACGGUGUGCCACCCCUGGCUUUCCCGGGGUCUAUGCGAGAAUCAUAUAA